GAGGAAGCUUUGUUUCCGGGAAUGUUUGGUGAUGUGGCUCUGCUCUGAAAUCCAUCCGAGGAAAUAUAUCAAAUAAAAUCCAGACACAUUCACCUGGGGAGCACUCGCACAGUGCCAUCUUUAUGUUCAGCCGUCUGGCCACGGUCCUCCAGGAGCUUUCCGGAGAGGAAGGUCCAGAUGGAGACCCACAGGGCGUGCUGGUGCCUCAGCUCCCUGCCGGUGAGGACCAGGCCCCAGCGGAGUCUGAGGUACCUGAGGAGGCCAUGGAGAGGCUGGCCCACCUGGAGCAACUGGUGGUCCAGCUGAAGGAGCUCAUCCGAGACAAAGACACGCUGCUCGUCCAGAAGGACACGGAGCUGAGCAGCAAGGAUGCACAACUCAAGAAUGAGAGAGAUGAAGCUGAGGCCCGCUUCACCAAACUCAAACUGCAGGCCAAAGCCAAGAUGGCGUCACUCAACAAACAAAUAACUGAUUUAAAAGGACAAGGAGGAGCAACACAGAGUCCAGACAGCUCUUUCACAGGAGCUGGAGUCGAGGAGGAGCUCCAAGAAGUGAAGAACAAGCUGAGCGAGGAGGAAGCCACCAGCAAGGAGCUUAAAGAGCGACUGCAGGCCACCGAACGGCUUCUUCAAGAGAAGGAAUCUGCCCACGCUGAGCAGCUGGUGAAACUGCAGGCUGUGGUCUGUGAGAAGGAUGUACGUUUCCAGGAACAGAUUCAGAAACACGAAGAGGAGCUGCUGAGAGUCACAACACAGUCUCAGAAUGACGGCGAACUUCAGCAGGCGCUGCAUGCAGCUCAGCGUCGGUGUGAAGAGCUUGAAGAGGCUUUAAACUCUCGCUCCCAAGUGUUGGAAAUGCUGCAGCAGGAAGUGAGCAGCGCUGAUCAGCAGAAGCAGAUCUUGACUGCUCAGUUCCGGCAGAUGGAGCAGGAGCUGGCCGAGGCCGUGAAGCUGAGGGAGGAGGACAGGCAGCAGUGGGCCGCGCAGGCCGGCAGGGCCGAUGCCGACCUCGCAGCCCUCCGAGGCAGCCUGGAGGCCCUGGAAAGCGAGAGGAUGGAGGUGGCGAUGCUAGAAAGGCAAGAGCUGGCCUCUCUCAGGGAGGCGGAGCUGGUUAGUCAGGAGGCUCUGCAGAAGGAGAAGAUGGAAGUUGCCAGAUUGGAGACGCAGCUGAGUCUGAUGAAAGAGGCCGAGCUCGCAGCCCUUCAGGCAAGCAGCGAGGCCUCAGAGAGAGACAGGGCGGAAAUCGCUCGACUUGAAAGUGAGCUUGCAUCAGUGAGAGAGUCGGAGUCUGCAGCUGUUCCUGUCGGGCAGGACGCCUCGGAGAGCGACAAGUCAGAGGUCGAGAAACUAGAGAAAGAACUGGCAACCCUCAGGGCAGAGCAGGGAGACACGCAGAAGAAAGGCGAGAUUUUGGCUGAAAUCUGGAGACAGUUACGGUUUCUGGCUGUAGAAAAUGUGCCCGAGGAAACCCCUGUCCCCGCUGACCUGUCGCUGCUCCUGGACACCGUACAGUCUGUAGAGACGCAGCUGAUGAGGCUGAAAGACGAAUGCAGAGAAAGUGAGGAACGCUGCACCCAGCUCUCCAACACCACGGAAACCCUCCAGGAGCAACUAGACAGAAAAACUGCAGAGCAGGAGGAAGCGUCUGCAAAGAUCCAGCAGCUGGAGCAGCAAAUUGUUACGAUGUCAGACGGAAAUGAUGUCCCGGAACUGUCACAGAAUUCAUCUGAAGCUGAGAAAGCACAUGUUCUGUCGCUGGAGCAGCAGCUGGUAGAAAAGGACAAUGAGCUGGCUGCCCUUAAACAAUCCCUCAUACUGGCUACGAAGCACGGCUCCAGUGAGGCUCCAUCGGGUGAACGCUACGAUCAGAACCCGCAUCAGGAAGUCAGCACGGCUCCCCUUGAUAGUUCUGAAGCCCUCCCUGACUUCAUGGAAGACACACAAGAAGAAGAGACCACCUUAGUUGCUGAAGACACCUCAGUGCUCUCCAUUAAUGGUAAUGAAAGCAGCCCAGAGCUAAUUGGACACCAGUCUGAGUCCCCUGAAGAAUCCAAAGGUACCUCCUCAGAUGAAAUGGUGGCCAGCAGUGACUCAGAGGUGGCCCACAGCAGCUGGACCCUCCUGGAAGCUGUGAAUCAAGAUGGAGGUCAGGAGUGGCCCUCCCUCCUGCAGGACUUCAAUCAGUCAUGGGUGGCAACGAGCAUGGAGCAGGAGUCCUCCACAGUUCAGGUCGAGUCUUCAUCCGUCAUCAUCAGAGAGACAGUUCAGGUUCAUCUAAGUCAGCAGGGUUCGUCCUCGACAGAAGCCAACGCGCUCUCCGGUCAGGUCUUUGCUCAGGCUUUAGCUGAGGAGCUCCAGAAGAGGUACAGCGAACUGCUGGCUGAGCUGCAGAGGCUCAGAGAUGCAGCUGCAGAGUCGCAGGAGAAAAUUCAGAGUCUGGAAGAAAAAACAGAGUCUCUCACUGUUGCCAAAGAAGAGGCCGAAUCCAUAGCCACCAAUGUUUCAGAGGAGCUGAAGUCAGCCAGAGAGGAGUUGGAUAACCGCUCCCAGCAAAGCAGCUCUGCGGUGGAGAAGCACGGCAUUGAAAUGCAGCUUGUAGAAGAACAGAUAGACAUUUUAAACACUGAAAAUAAAUCCAAGGAGCAGAGAAUCCAGGCUUUGCUGACAGAUCUGGAAAUGGCUCACCAGGCUCUCUCUGAGCAGGAGGGUCAGACCAGGAUGCUGAGUGCUCAGCUGGAGGACAGAGAGCUUCUCUCCUCAGAGUUAGAAAGGAGGCUUCAAGAUAUGGAGAACAGCGUACUGGAAUACUCUCAGACAUCAGAUCUCAACAAUGAGUCUUUGUCAAAGAAGGACUCAGAGAUCAGUGAGCUACAGAUUCUUCUCAGCCAGAAAGAGCAAGAGAUAGUGGAGCUCAAUGACAGUAUGUCUGCUAAACUCCUGCAGGCAGAAGAAGAGAAGUUCCAGAUGGACAGUGAAGUUAUUAAACUGAAAGAGCAGAUAGUCGUACUUGAAAAAGUCAGAGAUGAGAAACAGGAUGCAACUGGUGAAGACUCGGCUGUUCGUGAAGAUGGUGAACUUGAUAGUUUACGAAAGGAGAAGGCAGCACUGGAAACCCAGCUGACAAACGCGAAGAAGAAGCUGCAGGUUGCACUUGUGCAGCGCAAAGAGCUCAUGAAGAAGGUUAGUGAUUUUGAGAUAGAAGCAAAGAAAUGGAAAGAGAAAGACGAAACGGCAGUGGAAGGAGUUUCUGAAAACAUCCCAGAGGUAGAAAAACCUAAAGGACGUGAGGUUCAAGAGAUGGAAGCUAAACUCUUGGAGCUUGAACAAGCUUUGAAAUCCAAAGAAGAGACAGUUGAGGCUCUGGAGCAGAAAAUUAUCCAACAGGAUCAAGUUCUUGCUGAGACACUGUCUCUGAACAGAAAGCUAAGUGAAGAAGCUGAAAACUCGCAGCAGGUCGACAUUUCUUCAGAAACAACUGCGUUACAGUCGCAGUUGACUUCUCUUGAAGCAGAGUGUGAAAUGCUUCAGAAGAGGGUUCAGGAGGCCCAAGAAUCUCGCAAAGAAACCAUUCGCAAAGCAAAAGAAAAAGACAGACACCACCGGGAACAACUGAAGCAGCAGAAAGAAGAAUACAGCGAGCUGAUGGAACGCUUUGAGGUCCAGAAAGACGAACGAGAAGUUCUUCUUACCAAACUCAGAGAACUAGAAGAAAAACUGACCAGUGAAAAAGCAGCUCUGCCUGAUCAAGAGCCCAAGCACAUGGGUGAAAAUGUGGAGAAGCCUGCAUCAAAUGACUGGGUCCAGGAGGAAUGGGUGGAUUUUGCUACAUCAGAGACCGAUUCUUCACAACCACAGUCCAGUGAUCCACCUCAGCAUCCUGCAGAGCCGUCUGACGUCAUCUCUGCACAAAUGGAGAAAUCUCUAAAAGCUCUCAGAGAGGAGAUCCAGGCUGUGCGGGAGGCCAACACAGAGCUUGAGAAGAAGCUGCAGGAAACACAGGACAGUCUGUCACUGAAGGAGGCUGAGGUACUGGAACUGGGCAAAGACCUACAAGCACUGAGAGAAAAGGAGAAGCAAAUUGAUGGACUCUCCGAGGAAAUUAACGAUCUCCGAGAAAAGUAUCACCAAGCUGAGUCUUAUGCUGAAAGCCUAAAGGCAGAGAUGGAAGCUGCAGCCAGUGCAGCAUCUGCAACUGCCACGUCUUCAAUUACAACUCUUCAAGCUGAGGUGGAAGACUUCAAGCAGUUUCUUGAUAGUAAGAACCACGAGAUAAUGGAGCUCAGUCAACAGCUGAGUGAACAGAGCUCACUCAUACACUCCAUGCAGGACACAGUGUCUCAGAAGGACCAGCUCAUCACGUCUUUACAGGAAGAACUAAAGACCGAGCAAGAAAAAACACAGAGGUUAGAGACUGACGUUCCACAGAAGCAAGAGGAAGACGGUGAGGCAAAGAUCCAGCAGCUUCAGCGAAAGCUUCAGGCUGCUCUGAUCUCUCGCAAAGAGGCCCUAAAAGAAAACAAAACCCAGAAAGAGCAGCUGGCAUCAACGGAGAAGGUCAUAGCUGAGCUGCAGCAGAAAAUUAGCUCAGCGGACGAUGAGCUGGAGAAGCUGAGAGCAGAAAGAGUUAGACUGAUUGACGAAGUUGACCGAACAUUACUGGAGAACCAAAGUUUAGGAUCUUCUUGCGAGAGCCUCAAGCUGGCAAUGGAAGGGAUUCUCAGCGAGAAAGAUGCCUGUCAGAGAGAAGUGGAGUUGGCAAAAGAAGAGGCAACUAGAACAUGCAGAGAAUGGGAGGAUAAGGUCCAAGGCAUUAAGGACGAGUACGAGACCCUGCUCAAGUCUUACGAAAACGUGAGCGACGAGGCAGAGCGAGUGAGACGAGUCCUGGAAGCAGCCAGACAGGAGAGGCAGGAGCUGGCAGCCAAGGUGAGAAGUCAUGAGGCUGCAAGGCAGGAAGCUGAAAGACAAGCAGAGGAAGCACAGAAGGAAGUGGAUUCAGUGAAAGACAAAAUGAGAAAGUUUGCCAAAACAAAGCAGCAAAAAAUACUAGAGUUGGAGGAGGAGAAUGAGAGGCUCAGAGAGAUGCAGGAAAAGCCUGUAAUAAAACAAGAGGGCAGUGCUCUCAAAGCUGAAGUUGAACAGCUUCAGGAAGAACUGGAAGCUGUGAAAGCUGAGUUGGAGAGUACAGCGUCAGAAAGAGACUCUUUAGGGCAGCAGAUUGAAGAGUUAAAGGGACAGGUUGCCCAAAUGGGAGAAAAAGAUGGUGAGAUUUCAGUUAUUCCGCUGAGCUCUGCAGCUGUUGUAGAAGAGGUCGUGACUGUCCAGCAGUCGGACACAAUCAUGACUACAUCAGAACCUGUUGAGAGUCAAUAUGAAGACAAAGAAAAACCUGUAAUCCCAGAAGAAACUCAGAAUGAACAGAUAUCUGCAGUGUCUGUGACAAAAACACAUUUGCAGCCGUCAGAAGAAGAAGCAGAAAUGACUGAAAGUGCUCAAACGUUAUUGGAAAAUAAAAUGAGGGAGAUUGAGGCGGCUGUCAACACAGAGAGAGAGCUGUGGCAGAAACGGGAGGCUGAACUCAAAGCUGAGCUGGCCUCUCUUGAACGAGAUCUUCAAGAGAGUAAAGAGAAGGAAAGCCUUGUAGCCUCUUUAGAGAAGUGCCUUCAAGAGAGCAAAGAGAGAGAAAAGAGCCUAAUUGAAGAGGCUUCAAAGAGGGAAACCCAGUUCAAACAACUCCUCAGAAGCCUUGAAACCGAAAAGGACAACCUGGAGGAGCGUCUGAUGAACCAGUUAGCUCAGCUCAACGGGAGCAUCGCCGGCUACCAGCAAGAGGCAGCAGACAACCGGGAGCACCUCACUGAACUGCAGCGGGAGGUGGAAAGGUUAGAGAGGGAGCGAGCAGAGCUUGAGGCCGAGGCUCAGAGCGAGAAGGACCGAGCUGCCAGGCUGGAAGAGGACAUGAGACAAGCCCAGCGAGAAAGAGCUGAGGCUGAAGCAGAGUCUGGAAAACAGAGGGAGCUGGAGCAACAGCUGAGGUCUGCUCAGAGGGUCAAAGAAGGCAGCCAGACCAGAGCACGUCAGCUGGAAGAGCUGCUGAGGGAGAAGCAGCUGGAAGUCCGUCAGCUGCAGAAGGACUGCAUCCAGUACCAGGAGAGGAUCAGCGAACUGGGUAGAGAAGCUAAGGCACUGCAGCUCGGCCACAAUGAGCUCAACAGCAAGCUCGAGCAGUCUCAGCUGGAGACGUCCACAACUCUAGACGACCUGAAAAAGACUGAAGCAGAGCUAGAUAGUUGUAAAUCCCAACUAGAACAGUCCCAGAAACAGGCAAAGGAAGCCUUAGCAGCAAAAGCGACCAUCGAACAGAGCAUCCAGCAGAGAGAGGCCACACUGAAAGCUGAGGCAGAGCAAACCCUGGACUCUGUGAGAUUCAGGCUGGGAGCUGAGCUGAAGGAGAUGGAGCUGAGACUAGAGGAGGCCGACAGAGAGCGGGAGAAGGAAGAGGACGCCACUCUGGAGGCCAGAGAGAUGGCAGAAGGAGCUGAGAGACGAGCACAGGAGAUGCAAGCCCGUCUGGAUGAGUCUCUGGCCAGGUUAGCCGCCUUCUCACGCUGCAUGUCGUCCCUGCAAGACGACCGGGACAGAGUUUUGGACGAGGCCCGGCAGUGGGAGACUCGCUUUCAUGGUGCUCUGCAGGGUAAGGAAGCCGAGGUCCGUGAGGCUGAAACACGAGCCAAGGAACUGGCAGAACAGCUUCAGAAAGAAACUGCACUGAAAGAGGAGCUUAAACUAUCAGUUGACAGAUUAGAGAAAGCAGACAAAGAGUGGCAGCUGAGGUUGGAAGAAGAAGAAAAGAAAACGUCAGAGAGCCGAGCUGCCCUCGAGGAGGAGAAAGGGAAGCUUCAGCAAACUACAGCCGAGUUGGAAUCUGCACAGAAUGAAGGCCAGGCCCUGAAAACUGAGGUGGAGAGCUCAGUUCAGAGAACCCGGGCUCUGGAGGAGGCUGUCGGAAGGCUGCAGGGUGAAGCAGACCAGGCGAGGACUGAGCUGAGGGAGCGGGAAGCCGAGGAGAGACGCCUCUGUCUGAAUGUGGAACAGCUGGAGACGGACCUGCGAUCCUCCAAGGCCUUGACGGAGAGCUUGCAGACCGAGUUACACGAGAAGGAAAGGAGGGAAGUAGAGAUGCUGGGGGAGAAGGAGCAAGCUGUGGCUCAGGCUGCGGAGGAGGCCCGAAAGGAGGCUGACAGCAGGGCACAAGAAGCUGAGGAGGAGCUGGAGCAGAGACGAGGAGAAGUUCGGGAUCUGGAAGAAAAACUGCGAAAGACGGAUGAAGAGAGCAACAACAGAAAAACCAGGCUGGACUCUUUUAUGAAGGCCAUGGGCUCCCUGCAGGACGACAGAGACAGAGUCCUCAACAUGUACAAGCAGCUGGAAGAGAAACACUUGCAGGUGAUGGUGGAGAAGGACGGUUUGAUCCAAGAGGCGGCAGGAGAGAAUAACAGCCUGAAGGAAGAACUGCGCUCUCUGCUGGUCCAGAGAGACGAUCUGUACGCUGAAAAGGCCAAACUGUCUGCUCAGCUCCAUGGCUAUCGUGAAGAACUUAACCAAGUCCUGAGUAUGAAGGAGUCUCAACACAAACAGCUUCUGGCCGCCCAAAGAGGACGCAUUGCAGCUUUAGAAAGAGAACGUGAGGAGCUGGAAAAUCAGUUAAAGAACCUCAGCAGAGCCAGAGAGACGGAAGUAGAAGCAGCGGUACAGAAAGUGGAGAGUGAGACUUUGAGUCAGGCUGCUGACAGCAGACCAGCAUCACAGGUGAUUGAUGCUCCUGGUGCAGAAGUGGAGAAGCUGAGAGAGCAGCUGCAGGCAUCUCGAGAACAAGUGGAGGCUCUGGAGGAGACUCUGCAGAGGGAGAGGCAGGAGCAGGACGGCAAGAGCAAAGAGCUGGCCGAGCUCCGAUGGGAGGGAGGCGUGAUGCGAACGGAGUCAGAAAGCGCUCAGGAGAGGGUGGCGGAGCUGGCCAGAGACCUGCUGGCUGUAGAGCAGAAGCUGCUGGAAGAGAAGGAGACAACAAACCAGCUGAGAGCAGAGAACCAGUCAUUUGCUAAAGCCAUGGCCUCCCUCCAGGACAGCAGGGACCAGGCAGAGAACAAGGCCCAGGAACUGAGCCUGAGGCUGGAGGAGAUCAGCAAAGCAGGAGGCCCCACGGCACCCAGCAGCCCUGGAGGCUCCACUGGAGAAGUGUGGGGGCUGAAGAACGCACUACAAGCCCUGCAGAACGACAGGGAGAGGCUGCUGGAGCAACUUAAAACACAGACGUCUGAGCUGGACAAGCAGAAGUCAGAGCUGGCGCGACUGGGAGCAGGAGAGCUGAUAAAAGUCAGUCAGGAGCUGUUUGAAGAGAAGAAGAGGAGUGAAGACAUGCUGGGUGUCAUAGCACAGCUGGAGAACGUGGUGACGAUGGGCAAGCACGAAGUCGAGACUCUCAGGCUGGAACGAAUCGAUUGGAUGGCUCAGGCAGAGCAGCUGAAGCAGCAGACUCUCACCACGCUCUCAGAAAGAGACCGACAGCUGCGGCAGCUCACCGCCAUGCUGGAGGAAGCCCGAGCUCAUAAGCCCAAACUGCAGCAGGAACACUACCAGAGAGAGCAGGGCACAGAGGAGGUGGACAGCGCUCCUGGAGCCCCACAGGAGCGAAGCAGCCUGCUGGACGGCCACGCCCACAUAGCCGAGGUCAAAGAGCUCCAGCGAAGACUAGAUGAAGAGACGCGGCAGAGACUGGCUGUUGAGGAGCAGCUGAUGGCAACACAAGAUCGACUCGCACGUCACAGCCAGUCACAGGAGAGCAAAUGGCAAUCCUGUCUGACACUUCCUUAGCUGUUUGUCCAGGAAGUUUACACAACCAGAUAUUCUGCCUGGUCAGAUUGCGCGUUAUUAUUGUAAGUAACACACCCUGCAACUAACAUAAAAAUACAACCUGCGUGGAUCAAAUGCGUGACAUUGUUUUGUGUAACCCGCUAAGUGCAGGUCCAGAAAUAAAGCGCUAAAAGAUAUAUGAGCAGAGAUCCGUGGUGCUGGUGGUCAUAAUUGAGAAAAAGAUAGCAUUUAUUGUGGAGAAAUUAACACAUUUUGCGUACACCCUGCCUAAAAAUGCCCCGUAUUAUCAAAUUAUUGUGACUUAUUUUAUAGUGUUGCUUUAAACCUUCUUAGGCCCCAUCCACACGAAGACAAAACGCUUAACAGUUUCAAAAACAAUCGCCAUGAAGAUGAAGGCGUCUCAGAAAAUGUGUGCGUCUACAUGAAUGGACUCGAUAGGCAUGGAAACGCUGUAAAACACAUGAAAGACCUCUAGGGGCGCUGUAACGAUACGAAACACGCAAACGGAAGAAAAAACAGUGGGCACUUGCAGCAAAACUUGUAAACAGAGACCAAGCUAAUGUGUCCUCGAUAAUUGUUUGUUCAACUCGGUGGUGAUUGAGAAGAAGGAGAUUUUGCUGCAACAGGGACAGUAGGGUUACUAGCUUCAUCAGCUCAUUUGCUACACUGUACGCCGCCAUUGUUGUUGUCGUUGCCGCGUGUGGCGCAUGAGUGUCGAAACUAUGACGCAAGCGUAUCUGAAAAGUAGCGGAUAGCCAGUAAAAACAGAGCUGCGUAUACGGCAUUUCAAAAUCUUUCCACUCUGGAACCCGUUUUCAAAAAUGAUCGUUUACAGACCCCCAAAACGCCGUCUUCGUGUGGAUGAUGCGCAGAUUCGGCAAGAAACCUAUGCGUUUAGACCUCGGUUUGUCUUCGUGUGGAUGGGGUCUUAUUCUACAUUCUUAAACAGCACACAAUCUAAAUUUACAACAAAACGUUUAGAACAUACUGUAAUUGCAAGCAGAUGUUUUAUAAUGAAUUACUGAACAUUUCCUUGUAGUAUUGAGGUAUAAAAUAUAAUAUCGUUCAGCGUUCUGAACUUCUUUCAGCAUUGAAUUGUUUUGGUGUCACUGUUAAAUAUGCAUAAAACACUGUGAGAUUAAAAAUAGUCCGAGUGCAGUGGGUUCCGACCCCCUCCACAUCCCUGUUUGCAUCCCGUCCUGCUGCUGCUGCUGGUGGGAGAUGAAUCCUCAGGGGAAUUCCCAGGACGUCACCGAGCUCUGAGGCCCCGAGGUGCUUUCUGCUGCCAGGGAGCCUCAGGCCCACCUUAGCAACCGGAGAGGCCCGGUUACUGACAAACAGCAGCAGCAAGGAAAGCCAUGAUGGAAAAACAACAAACAAACAAAACAUUUUAGAUUUAUUUAUAUCCUAAAAUGUAAAGAAUCCUGUCGUGUAUAUUGACAUGCAUGUUGAGAGACAUUAAAAAUCAUAUUUAAGUGGCAUAACUACACGAAAGUAGUUAAAAGAUACUAAAUAGAAAAUGUAUAUAAUCUAAAAAUAGCAAAUAUUGAGUAUUUUUUUCGCUCUUAAUUAAAAUCACAAUAAUCCACACAAUUGUAGAUCAAUACUUUCAAAUAGUCUAAAGUUAAAAUGUUAACCUGUUCGAAACAUAAAAUGUACUUACAUAUGGAUGCACUGGUAGUAGGGUCAUAAUUGUGGGACUUUUUGCGUCAUAGUCGACAUUUUUGCUGUUUUCAGGUCUAAAAUCAACAUGGCCGCCUAUAACCAAACACCACAUGGUAUUUUUAGAGAAAGAUUCUUCUAGAUAUUUUAUAUACAACUGAGUAAAAUUGAAAUUGAAAGUUAUUUCUAAAGAUAUUGUAGUAGACCUGUUGACGACUUUGUAUUAAAUAAGUCAGAAAGUCUUGGAGGCUUUCCAGUCUUUUCUUCAGGAGGAAAUGACAUCAUGUGGAGCAGGUCAUGUGAUCUGGAAUUAACUCACUUCCUGGAGAGGUGUUUCUGUGAUGGGGAACUUAGUUGAAAGUGAUUUCUCGGACAAGGACGAAAUGUAUUAUUUUCCAUAUAAAAUUUUGAUAUAUUGCCAAAAAAAUUAAAUAUGUCAUGAUUAUCUCAAUACAUAAUGAUGUAUAUUUAAAGUAUUAUAACUAUUAAUAUAUGUUGGAAUCAUAAUAGUAAAUACUAAUGUAUUAAAAGUACAUAUAUUCAUAUAUUAUGCAUGAAAUCGGUCACAAAAUAACAAGGGAAAGAUGGGAGGUAAAGUUUGAACAUAUCUGAGCAUGUUAUCUAUCUAUCUGUCUAUCUGUCUAUCUGUCUAUCCAUCCAUCCAUCUAUUCAUCCAUCCAUCUAUCUAUUCAUCCAUCCAUCCAACCAUCUAUCCAUCCUUCCGUCCAUCCAUCCAUCUAUCCAUCCAUCCAUCCAUCCAUCCAUCCAUCCAUCCAUCCAUCCAUCCAUCCAUCCAUCCAUCCAAUACAUUUAUAAAAGUAGAAUGGUGUCUGUCCUAUCAUACUACCUAUAGGUGUGGAAAAAUGACCAGCUGUCACAGCAUAAAACACAAAGCACAGCUCAGUAUCUCUCGUUUUUCUUGGGGUGUUAUUUGCUGUUUCUAACUACUCCUGGGUUUUUUGUCCACAAUAAAUCCUGCUGCUCUUGAA